AAAAAAACAAUAGAACAUUGAAUGAUUUACGAAACACUUCUUUUUUUCUAUUGUUCUACUAUCGUAUUUCUUUACAUAAAUUUCUUUGACAAUACCCAUCAAUUCUUUCGACCUCAACACAUCCUCAUAUACAAUACCAUCCAAAGCCCUCACUGGUUGUCGGCCUAAUCAGGAAGCCAAACGACAGGUCGGAAAAUUAAUUACCUGCUUUCGAUUUUUUAUUUUCUUCUGGUGUACCAUUUUUCAUUUCCAGAAUACCCAGCAAAAAUACCCAAACCCCAUCCUGAUAGGACCGACAAAUCCAUCUAGAUGCCUAUCUUUCAAGAAAAGGAGGGCUUCCCUCAAGUCCCUCCUAAUCUACGAUACGAUGCCUACAACCAGAAGGACGUCCGCAAGAUGAAGUUUCGAGAGUUACUGUCCCAGAGUUCUGCUAAAGGCGUCACUCCCUACCUCGGACUUGGUUCGCGCCUAUCGCAGAUUUGGUUCAAUCGAUGGACUGUCUUACUUCUUCUCGUCUUGGUCAACUUCCUUCUGACGUUAGUCAGUCUGAACUCCAACCUAGACGAUGCUAAGGCAAAGGCUCUGUCGGCUUGUACGAAGGUCGAGGACGUUGGUAGUGCCAUGGCCUCGAUGCCUCAUUACUUGUCCGUCGGAGUUAACCGUCUUACUGCAUCAGGUAUCACCGACGCCGUCUCAGGUCUGAUGACUAUCCUCAACAUGAUCCUCACCGGUGUUGAGCAGCUCAUUCUUUUCGUUAUCGGUAUGAUGACAGAUACCUACGUCUGUUUGAUUGCCAUGGUAGUUCAUGGAGGACUUAAUGCCUCUUCACUCGCCAUCAAAGACACCACCAACGCUAUGAAUGACGCUAUCCAUGGAAUCGCCGGUGUUAUCAACAGCACUGCCGAGGACCUUCAGAAGCCCGUCGACGCUAUGUACUCGAUCGUGAAUGGUGCUGUCGGCGCGGGAGACCAAGCUACGAGCGCUGUGGGUGGAGCUGUCGCGACCGCCACAGCAGCGGCCGGAGGCGCUAUUGAGAGUGCUAUUGAUGGUGUCGGUAGCAUCUUCCGCCGAAUCGACAUCCCCCCCGAGCCCGAAGUUGCCGGCAAGAUUACGGCUCUGUCUGCGAAGCUUUCCCAAAUACAAAUCAACACCACCGGCUUCACAUCAGACUUGGACUCUCUGAACGAACAUCUUCCAGAUUUUAACGACGUCAAGAACCUCACUUCCAUGGCGGUUUCAUUCCCAUUCCAACUUAUUCGCGAGCAGCUUGAUAAGGCCUACGGCAAUUGGUCCUUCAACGAGAGCGUCUUCCCGGUCGCUAAAAAGGAGGGUUUGUCUUUCUGUUCCGAUAAUUCGGUCAUCAAUGACUUCUUCGUGACACUCUACGAGAUUGCCCACACUGCCAAGAUUGUGGCUAUCGUUACGCUUAUUCUCCUCGCCCUCGCCGCGUGCAUCCCGAUGGCCUACAUGGAGAUUCGUCGAUGGCGCCGCGCUCAGGUCUGCUCUACGAGCGCCUACGAUGACAUGGACCUCGUCUACAUGGUCUCGCGCCCCACUUCGUCUCGGUUCGGAUACUGGAUUGCUUCGAAAUUCAGCGAGAAGCGAAGACUACUUGUACGAUGGUGUAUCGCAUACGCAACGUCCCUCCCAGCAUUGUUCGUUCUUUCCCUCGCAUUGGCCGGAUUCUUUUCCUGCUUCUGCCAGUGGCUCCUGUUGAACGCAAUUGAGAAGGAAGUCCCAGCACUUGAAAAUCAGGUUGGUGACUUUGCCAACCAAGUUGUUGGUACUCUCGGCAAUGUAUCGAAGGAGUGGGCAGACGACGCGAACGGCGUCAUUACCUCGUUCAGCCAUGAUAUCAAUGAUGACAUCCUUGGAAAGGUCGUUAACGGCACCACUGCUGUUAACAACACUAUCAACACCUUCCUAGAUGAGAUUGAUAAGGGUCUGACCACUGUAUUUGGCGACACCAUGUUCAAGGACCUGGCCGAAAACGUCUUCCACUGUCUGCUUGGUCUGAAGAUUGAGACUGUUCAGAAGGGUCUUACUUGGGUCCAUGACCAUGCCCAUGUUAAUUUCCCCAUGUUCCCUGACGAUGUUUUCUCUAUUGGCGCUUCCAAGUCCAUUAAUGGCGACUCGGAUCUUACGUCUUUCUUGGCUUCGCCUAGCAGCGUCUCGACUGACGAGGUUACCGGUGCCGUCACUCAUGUUACGGACUGGUUACGCAACAAUAUCAUACAGAACGCCCUGGUGUCACUCGGUAUCCUUCUCGUCUAUAUCAUCAUCAUCCUUAUUGGUGUCAUCCGCACGCUGGUCGGCCAUAACGACGUUGAUAGUAAUACUCGUCGUAUGCGCAUCGAGAACUUCGACGCAGCAACUGCGGCCCAGGCGAGAGCACCACAACCCCGCGAGACAUCAGCCGGUGUGGAACUACCCCAGUUUGGCGAAGCUAAUGCUAGCGCGCAUCCCGAUCGCUACCACGGCUCUCCGUUUGACGAUGAUGCCUAUAGUCGUGGUAUCGUCCACACUGGCCCCGUCACAACGGAGGAAGCCCCGCCCUACACGCGCAAUAGCAGCUAUGUCCAGUAUGGCGACGUGAAGCGAUAGGCUCGUGCCCGACGCUCGCCUACUUGCGAUAACGGCCGUCCCGCGGAGAAUCCGUUUGAGGAUCAGAAGCAUCGUUAUGGUUGAUUAAGUAGUCGAGAGUUUCGGCAAAUAAUCAUCGCCUUACAUUCAUUUUUUUUUCUUUUCAUUUACAAGCGAUCACCAUUGUCUUCGGCAUACAUACAAACAUAUACCACUAUUCAUCAUUCCCUUCCCAUAAUAUUGGCAUCCGAUCGCCUUCUUAUUGUUACGAAAUCCACAAGGAUACCCGACGCAAGUCAUCAUCACGAUCGUUGAUCCCAACAUCAUCAUUUGCAUCAGAACGGCGUUGGCAUAGGUGGUCUUGCAUUAUAAUAAGCGUUAUUUUCCGGCAUUUGCAUAUACACUCAGCAUCAGCAUUCUCCCUCGAAGAGUCGAGGGGAAAAGAAAAAGAGAGAUCUGGUAUCUCGGGCUUACGCCACCAUCAACUGCAUACAACAUAGUAAUUUUUCCUUUCUCUUGUCAUCAUAGGAUCAUAUCCAUGAAAUUGGUAUUUGGAAAUGGCGUCGCACGGAGCCAUCGCAUGGUCUGGAAAGGAGGGGAUGAAGGGAUUGUAUGAUAUGCCACGUUACAUAGCUAAUUCGACGUUUGCAAUAGCAAUUUAAAUAAAUUCACAAAUAGAAUUGUAUCAUGAAA